CGCAGACUUUCAAUGCCAAAUCCAGAAUCCAGAAUCCUCUCUUGCUAUGGAAAUCCAGGGAAAAUGGAAUGGUAUAUUGUAAUGGGGGAUAGUAAAGUGUCUAGGUCUCCUCCGUGGGAAAUAUUCUCUCCAUAAGUGUCUCUCUAUCUUAUCUGCGAGGAGAUAUGUAUCAUCCAAGGAUAGAAUGGUGUCAUGUUGGUUCUGACAAUGGCAAGCUGCUCUGCUCUAGAUGAUGCACUCUUCAUGGUAACUUCUCAGGCUGAUCAUGUAUUGUGGUACAAAGAAGUGACCAUAACAAUAGAAAAAGAAAAUAAAAAAAGGAUGAAGUGGAGAUGGCUUGACUCAACGGAAGCGGGCGGUAGCCAGGAAGGGGUAGCGCCCCCAAUGGGCUUGGGAGCCCGCACCUGCUCUGUCCGUGGGGAAUUGGGGGUGACUGUGCCAUUCUAGUGCUGGAUUUCGAUCCCAAGAUAGCCAUCGUGUGUCAUCUAGU